GGUCGCAAGAUUAUGGUGCGACAGUAGGGACGAGAGUGAGGCGAGGUGGCAACUGGCAGAAGCAGACCCGGGUUCAACAACAAGUAGUGACUCUUUAGCUGUGCCAUUUUACACCGGAACGUGAUUCUUGCACUUCAAGGAGGUGCUACUUUCAUUGACAAGGUCCUGUGCUAUCCAGCGCCACCAUGUCAGCGAAAGCCAUCUCAGAGCAGACGGGAAAAGAGUUCUUGUAUAAGUAUAUCUGCACCUCGGCGGCUGUGCAGAACCGCUUCCGCUAUGCCAACGCCACGGCUGAGACCGACUGGGUCCGCCUGGCACAGGAUCAUCCAUGGCUGCUGACGGAGCGGCUGGUGGUGAAGCCAGAUCAACUAAUCAAACGGCGGGGAAAGCUCGGGCUGGUGGGCGUCAACCUGGACCUGCAGGGUGUCCAAGAGUGGCUUAAAACCCGUAUGAUGAAGGAGACCACUGUCGGAAAAGCAAAGGGUGUGCUGAAGAACUUCCUCAUUGAGCCGUUUGUUCCACACCCACAGGAGGAGGAGUUUUAUGUGUGUAUUUAUGCCACACGUGAGGGCGACCAAGUGCUUUUCCACCACGAGGGAGGAGUGGAGGUGGGCGAUGUGGACGCCAAGGCUGAGAGGCUGAUGGUGGCAGUGAACGAAAAGCUGAGUGAGGACCAGGUCACUGAGCAGCUCCUCACACACGUUCCUGAAGACAAGAAACAAGUCUUAGCCAGCUUCAUAGUUGGCCUCUUCAACUUGUACGAGGACCUCUACUUCACCUACCUUGAGAUCAACCCUAUAGUCGUCACCAAAGAUGGAGUGUACGUCCUGGACAUGGCAGCCAAGAUUGAUGCCACAGCAGAUUACAUCUGCAAGGCUAAAUGGGGGGAUGUGGAGUUCCCACCUCCCUUUGGCAGGGAAGCAUAUCCAGAGGAGGCAUACAUAGCUGACCUGGAUGCAAAGAGUGGAGCCAGUCUGAAGCUGACGCUGCUGAACCCUCAGGGCAGGAUCUGGACCAUGGUGGCCGGGGGAGGGGCUUCAGUAGUCUACAGUGACACCAUUUGUGACCUGGGAGGGGUGGACGAACUGGCCAACUACGGAGAGUACUCCGGCGCACCCAGUGAGCAGCAGACCUACGACUACGCUAAAACAAUCCUCUCUCUCAUGACACGGGAGAAACAUCCUCAAGGGAAAGUGCUGAUCAUCGGAGGAAGUAUUGCCAACUUCACCAACGUAGCAGCAACAUUCAAGGGCAUUGUCAGGGCAAUCAAAGACUACCAAGGUCCUCUGAAGGAGCACGAGGUCACCAUCUUUGUUCGACGUGGCGGACCCAACUACCAGGAGGGGCUGAGGGUGAUGGGAGAAGUAGGGAAGACCACAGGUAUUCCUAUCCAUGUGUUCGGUACUGAGACCCAUAUGACGGCCAUUGUUGGAAUGGCUCUGGGCCACAAGCCGAUCCCUAACCAGCCGCCGAUGGACGCACAUACGGCUAACUUCCUCCUCAACGCCAGCAACAGUCCAGCGACUCCAGCAACAACAAGGACAGCUUCAUUCUCCGAAGCCAGGACGUCUAACAAUGUCACCCCGGCUAAAAAGUCUAAAGCAGGUCUUCCAGCAGAAGCGAUAGCCUCUUCAGGCUGCAGCAGAGCUAGAGCCACCACGCUCUUCAGAAAACAAACCAAGGCCAUAGUGUGGGGUAUGCAGACACGUGCAGUGCAAGGCAUGCUGGACUUUGACUACGUAUGCUCCCGGGACGAACCCUCUGUGGCAGCCAUGGUGUACCCCUUCACUGGGGAUCACAAGCAGAAGUUUUACUGGGGUCACAAGGAGAUCCUGACCCCCGUCUAUAAGAGCAUGGACGACGCCAUGAAGAAGCACCCCGAGGUGGACGUCCUGAUCAGCUUCGCUUCACUGCGCUCAGCCUUCGACAGCACAAUGGAGGCCAUGCAGCACCCACAGAUUCACACAAUCGCCAUCAUUGCUGAGGGCAUUCCUGAAGCUCAGACAAGGAAGAUAAUCAAGAUGGCAGACGAGAAAGGUGUCACUAUCAUCGGCCCUGCUACGGUUGGUGGCAUCAAGCCGGGUUGUUUCAAGAUCGGCAACACAGGUGGCAUGCUGGACAACAUCCUGGCUUCCAAACUGUAUCGCCCUGGCAGCAUUGCUUAUGUGUCACGCUCCGGGGGCAUGUCCAACGAGCUGAAUAACAUCAUCUCCCGCACCACAGACGGCGUCUAUGAAGGUGUCGCCAUCGGGGGGGACAGAUAUCCAGGCUCCACCUUCAUGGACCACGUCCUUCGUUACCAGGACACUCCAGGGGUUAAGAUGAUAAUUAUGCUGGGAGAGGUUGGAGGCACAGAAGAGUACAAGAUCUGCCAAGGCAUCAGAGAAGGGAGGAUAACCAAGCCUGUGGUGUGCUGGUGUAUUGGAACCUGUGCCACCAUGUUCACUUCAGAGGUUCAGUUUGGCCAUGCAGGAGCCUGCGCCAACCAGGCUUCAGAGACAGCAGUAGCCAAGAACCAGGCCCUGAGGGACGCCGGCGCUUAUGUACCAAAGAGCUUUGAUGAGCUGGACGAUGUCGUCAAGACUGUUUAUGACGAACUGGUGGCCAAUGGUACCAUCAUUCCUGCUCAGGAGGUGCCCCCCCCUACAGUGCCUAUGGAUUACUCUUGGGCCAGGGAGUUGGGUCUGAUUCGUAAACCAGCCUCAUUCAUGACCAGCAUCUGUGACGAGCGAGGCCAGGAGCUCAUCUACGCCGGCAUGCCCAUCACAGAGGUCUUUAAAGAGGAGAUGGGUCUAGGAGGAGUGCUGGGCUUGCUUUGGUUUCAACGAAGGUUGCCGCGCUAUGCCUGCCAGUUCAUUGAGAUGUGCCUGAUGGUGACAGCUGAUCACGGACCUGCUGUCUCUGGAGCACACAACACCAUUGUCUGUGCUCGUGCUGGCAAGGACCUUAUCUCAAGCCUCACCUCCGGCCUGCUCACCAUUGGGGACCGUUUCGGAGGCGCUCUGGAUGCAGCUGCAAAGCAGUUCAGCAAGGCAUUCGACAGCGGCAUGGUGCCGAUGGAGUUUGUCAACAAGAUGAAGAAGGACGGCAAGCUGAUCAUGGGCAUCGGCCACAGAGUCAAAUCAAUCAACAACCCAGAUAUGCGUGUGCAGAUUCUGAAGGACUAUGUCAAACAGAAUUUCCCCUCCACCGUAAUGCUUGACUACGCCCUAGACGUAGAGAAGAUCACCACCUCUAAGAAACCCAACCUAAUACUCAACGUAGACGGCUUUAUUGGUGUUGCCUUUGUGGACCUGCUCAGGACAUGUGGUGGCUUCACACGAGACGAGGCUGACGAGUUUGUGGAGAUCGGUGCACUAAAUGGGAUCUUUGUCCUUGGCCGUAGUAUGGGAUUUAUUGGGCAUUACCUGGACCAGAAGAGGCUGAAACAGGGUUUGUACCGCCACCCGUGGGAUGACAUCUCAUAUGUGCUUCCUGAACAUAUGUCCAUGUAAUCUCUGCAUCCCAGAAGAGGACGCGCUUCCAGAUGUGACUGCCCAAAUGGGUCAGGCAGCAUUUCACAUCUCACUUAAGGUUUAUGUACUCUCUCCGGUUGUGAUAAACUGCAGCCUUGGGGAAACUGGGCAGGGUGAUUCUAGAAAAAAAAAAGUACUUUCUGGCUGAGGGAUAUGGGAAAAAGUUUUCAAUCUAGUUUUUACGGAAAAAAGGGGAAUUAUAUUUUUAGAUUUAGUUUUUGACAAAUUAUUUAAAGUAUGCGAUGUAACUUAUUCCAUUUUGACCACAAACCCAAACCACAGCUGUUGCAGAAGCACCAAAUCAAUUUGAACUUUUAUUAAAUUCAAAAACUGCGGGAUUCAAAGCACAUUUCAAACCUGACUCUUGCAUUACGCUGGGUGUUCUGUUCAUCUUCAGUAAAGGCUACUGAUGUGGCAUUUUUCAAGCUCUACAAUACCAUGUCUUUUUUUAAACUACUCAAAAUAGUUUAUAACAAUUGAUUUGAUUUAGUCCACAACAAAGUGAGCUUGAUUAUGCUUUCUAAGUAUUGCAACUUAGUUCAAACACGUUGGCAAAUAAUGUCAGAUUAAAACUCCUCCUUCAGUGUUCACCCCAUUAGGAAAGGUGCUUUUAAACAAAAUAAACCAAAGUCAUUAUUAGGGAAUUUGUCAUCUUUGUUAAAAGUGAAAUGUUGUUACGGGUCCAGUGGUGGAUAUUCCAGAGCUAAUCAAGAUCUCAUGUUUUGGAAAGGAGGUAUUCUACUGAGAUAAAGGAACUAAACAAACAAUUAAAUGAUGAUUUAAGUGGUACUACACUAUUGCCUUUACAAGAACAACCCUGGAUGUAAACCAGUGGUUGAAAUUCAUCGGUUACGGUAAACACCAAGUAUAAAUUGAACUUUUUGUGUUCUGAAUAACUGUCAGAAAACAGGAAAAUGUAGAAACAUCGGAAGGGGAGUGACAAAAUGCUUCAUGAAUGAGCCCUUUGAGUCUUUGAAAGCAAAUUUCUUUGAGGGACCAUGAAAGCGGUUUGCUUUACUUGGGAGAGUUAUUGCACAUAAUACAAAUAAUUAUACAGUUCUGGCUUGACACCGACUCAAAACGCUUUGUUACCGCCCACUGUACGGCCUGCUGUGUUCGAUCUUUGUUUUGCUGUUUCUAUUUAACUGUGUAAAAAAUACUUUGUUUUUUUGUAAUACGCUGUCAUAUAGUAUAAUAAUAAAGAACUUAUUGUUUUACUUUUCAUUUUG